CACAAGAAAGAGAGAGACAGCAAUUAAAAUAAUAAUAAUAAUUAAAAAUAAUGGCAGCUAGCUCAUCAAGUAUCUCUUCAACUUCAGCUCAUGCGCUCAUUAUUAAUCCAAAACAAGUUAAUAAUCCACUUAUGAAGCACAUUCAUCGCAUCCCGUGGCAGCAAGGCGAUAUUGUGCCGGACUUUGUCAUGGGUCGUACAGUAUGCGGCUUAUUUUUAAGCAUUCGCUACCACUCCCUCCAUCCACAGUACAUUUAUGAGAGACUGGAUAAACUAGGAUCAUUAUAUGAAGUACGUGUACUUCUCCUAUUGGUGGACACACAGCAGUACAAUGGGAUAUUAAAGGAGCUAUCAAAACUGGCGCUAACUGCCGGCUGUACUCUGAUAUUGUGCUGGAGUAACGAAGAAGCUGCAAAGUAUCUGGAAAGUUAUAAAAUAUUUGAAACAAAACCGGCCGACCCUAUCAUGGAAAAUAACUCGUGUGCCGCCACUGAGUGUUUGUCAGCGAUAAAGAAAGUGAACAAAACUGACGCUGCUAGUUUGAUGGCUUUGUAUGGCUCACUGGAUUCUAUUAUCAGAGCUUCUAAAGAAGACAUCACACUCUGCCCUGGACUAGGACCACACAAAGCUGAACAGUUACACCAAUUAUUUCAUGAGCCAUUCCUUAAAUAAUUUAUUUAAGUAGCAUGGUCUACUACAUGUCUACAUGCAUCUCUUAUGACUAAUAACUAUUAUUUUGAUUUUCUUAAUAAUACAUGUGCAUGUGCAUUUACAAGUAUUAUCUAUUAUUUUACUAACAUACCUCAUGCAUCUCAUCCAAA